CGAUCAAGAGGCAACCAGAGAGGAGACGCGCGGGGAGUGAGAACAACCUGAUCCUGAGCCGCAGAAACCACCAGGAGAGACAGGGAGAGACAGAGUGAGAUAUUUGCAGGGAGGUGCUAUCGAUAAGAGAGACGCUUGUAUAUAACAGAUGUGCUAUUUGCAGUGAAGUGAAUCGCGCUGGGAUGAGAAUAAUCUGACUUUUACAGUAGAGCGUCCAGAGAAUUACGCAGGAACGCGCCAUUCCAAGGUGAACCAACUUUUACGCACGGACCUUUGGAGAUGCGUGGUUUCACUUAUGAGGAAAAUGCUGCAUCAUUGUUACAUUUAACUGCGAUUUUGGAACGGGAGCUCGUAAUCUGAUAGUUUUGACCGGGAAGUGGGGCACUUUGGCACAUGUUGACGAAUAAUUUAUUUUAAAAAAAGAAUGGAGACAUUCUUGGAGUUUUAGCGGGGGCUUAUUGAAACUCUCUCUGACACUACAGGCAUAAUAGAAAUUGUGUGGCUGUAGCCUUCGUGUAUCAUAACACCCUGCAUUACGCACCUGUCCCACAGUACCCUUGACGUCUCCUCUUGUGAGUUUUCAAAACAGCGGUAUGGACAGAGUCAGACGUCUAGCCUGCGUGUGAGUCACCGUGAGCAAACAUUUGGACAAGCGGCGCUUAUAAGCAGGGACACAUUUGGAGAUAUUUAACAGUGCGUGCCUUGUACAAGCGACCAGCACACGACACCGGGACGAGGCUCGGUGCAGCCGGGGGAUUGGACGCCGAGGUGCUAAAUGCCCAGCCGGUCGCUUGCGGCUCCUCAGGCUGGGCGGCAACAUGAGGUCCUGGGUCCUGCUGCUGCUGCUGGCUGCGUUCUCAGCGGCCCGUCUGCGGCUCGGCAGCGCUGAGGGUGAUCCGCUCCCUCCGUCGCUGGUCGACCUGGUGAGGAACUCUCCCAUCUCCUCUGUGGAUGACCUGAAGCUGCUGCUGCAGCAGGAAACCAAUGCAAUAGAAGAGGAAGAAGACGAGCAUGAUAUUCUCACAAAUCACACCCAUGGACGAUACACUAGAAGUCUUGUGGAGGCGCAGCCGGCCCAGCAAGCGGCGUGUAAAGUUCGGACGGAGGUGAUGGAGGUGACAAGGUCAAUGCUGGACCGCCGUAACGCCAACUUCCUGUUAUGGCCACCCUGCGUGGAGGUGCAGCGAUGUUCGGGCUGCUGCAACACCAGGCUGCUCCAGUGUGUCCCCACCGUCACCUCCAGCAGAUACCUGCAGGUGAUAAAGAUCCAGUACAUAAACAGGAAAGCCCACUACGACAAAGCCAUCAUCCCAGUAGAAGACCACGUAAGCUGCAGGUGCCAACUUCCCUCAUCUUCCUCAUCCUCCUCGUCCUCCUCGUCUGUUCCCAUCCCUCGCUCCUCCAUUCAGAGCAACCUCAAUCCCAACCCACCGCCACUGCAGCAGCCUCCCCCAUCCUCCCACAUUCCCCUGGCCCUCCCCCGGCCCGUCCACCCCUCUCCACCAAAGACUCACGCUUCAAAGGCCGACCUGCAUCGCCACGACGACCUGAAGCACAACCAGCAGCACCACCACCCUGAAGAGCGUGAGCCGGUGGCGAGGCAGUGGCAGCAGGGCAGUUACACUCAACUGGUGCACUGGACGCAGCCCAGGGUGCACCAGGGGCAGACACAAGUGCAGCCAGGGGUACACCAGUCGAUUGUUGGGGCGCUCGGGCCAGUCAGCAGCUGGCCAUCUGAAGCGAGGGCGGAGCAUAGUAUCAUGGGAAGUACGCAGCAGGUCGGCCAUGGAAGCGGGUAUGAGGGGAGCAGGGAGGAAAGCGGCGUGCAUGUUGCAAACAGCGGUGGGGGAGCGCAUCAUCCAGAUCACAUACAGAGGCAGCAACAGUUGUUACAGCAUCAGCAAAGACAACACCUUCAGCAGCAAUAUCAGUAUCAUCAUCAGCCAAAUAAUCCACAGCAGUACAACCAUGGAGGAGUGGAGGACCAAGAGCUGAGGACACAAUAUCGGCUCAGCGUUCCCCAAUCAGACAGCGCCUCUCUGCCUGGCAGCCCAACCCAGCCGCCCAAAUUAGAACAAAACCCCACUCCUCCUAUGACUACCAAUCAGAAAGACUCAGUGACCAGCCAAAACAAUACAGAGGUCACAAAUCACAAACAGACUGAGACUGAAAAAGAAGGUAGCGUGAGGAAGGAAAGUAGGUCGGACAAUAGUGGGGACACGGCCGGGGCAGAGCUGGCCAAUCAGGGGAAGGAAAAAGACUCAAGACUGACCAGUGGGGAUGGUCAUUUAACAGAGGAGGAGAGGAGACAGAAAACUCUGGAGACGGUACAGAGUGAAUUGGAUCGAGAGACUCAUCUUUAUCCGCAUCAUCCUCAGCAAAGACCAAAACUGACCACAUUUAAAACAGCCCUCUCUACUGUGGCUCCCAUCUCGCCCUCAGCCCGUCGUGCCCCGUUCCGACCAGCCUCGCCUCGCCGCAGGAGGAAACACCGCAAACGCAUCAGCAAAGCAGCCAUCAGAGCCAUGAUCAUGUAGAGCUGCAGGAAAUGGUAAAGCUAACCAAAAGCUUUUGGCCAGACACGUUGCACCAAAUGAAUAUGGAGAGACAAGAAACAUGGGAUUCUUGAAUGUGCUGAGGAAUCAACAGAGGUGAAGGACGCUGCUGCUGUUUUCAAUGGACAGCUUUAGAGAAAGUCACCUGUCCUGCUCCGGAGCUGCCGCAGAGCGUCCAGCUUCAUGGAUAUAAUAAAAGUGCAAUCUUAUGAACUCCUUGGAAUGGAGUAUAUUUGACACACUAAACACUGGAUUUCAUAUGUAUGAACCACAAAUCCCAUUAACGUGGAUCGAUGGAAGCUUAUCAGACGCCCAAAGCUGGACUGGUGGUCUCCUCUUGCAGUCGGCAGCCAUUGAUUGGCUGCUGAAACACUUUUGACUUCUAGCUCAGCUACUGAUUGGUCCACAAAUGGAGGACUUGACUAUGACUUUGACUAAGACGUCAUUAUUGGGGGCUAAAUGUGGAGCAUUGAAUGAAGAUGAAACUGGAGACGUGGAGAACUGGAUUUCUACACUGGGACGAUAACUGGAAACUGGAGAGUGCAGCUCAAGCCUCAAUGCCAAACAUUAUUGUUAUCCUACAAUGUCUGAAUCUAACUUUAUCUAACACUGGAGUAGCCAUACACUGAUCAUACUACAUUGACUAGAGAAGUGCUCUAUCGUGUACUGUAGCUUAAUAUACUGGAGAAUAUCAAUAACCUGCUCAUUUUGUACUACUGCCAGAUCAAAAUGGAAUAACAACCAAAUGCCUGCUUAGAUAACAUGCUAUGAAUAUCCACCUUAAAGCAAGUCUUAAAGACCUGGCUUUUAGAGAUCGCUGUGAGCCAGUUAUAGCCAACACUGUAUGUAUAAAUGCUUUUAGAAAAUGAUUUCUGGGGGGGGGGAAGAAAAACUUUAUUUCUUAACUUAUUUAAAAAAGGAGGAUAUGAAGUCCUCCAGUUCUCAAGUGUAAUUAUUGUUGCAGACAUGUUUCAGAUUAUAAUUAUUGGUUGUACAACUGUAACUGUUAUGAAUGUUAUUUUUAAUAAAAAAUAAAAAUAUUCAAUGAA